GACUUAACCUUUGAGGAAAACACAACUAGUAUCCCUAUUUCAAAACAUGGUUUACUUUCAAUAGAAGCUAAUCACAAGAACACAAAUAAUGAAACACCUGCUACAAACUAUGACCAAGAUAUAACAAUGAAACCAUUAGACUGUAACAAAGAAAACAAAACUAAAGAGAAAGAAUUUACUUUGGUUACUUCAAAAAAGAACAACCAAAAAGAAUACAAGAAGAAAACUCUUACAACAAAUGAGAAAAGUAAUAAGAGUAAAACAAAGAAUGUCUGA